GUUUUCUAUUUUUCUCUGUAGAGUAUAGGGAGGGAAUAUAAAUUGUGGGCGGCCACCAAUGGAGUGGUUUUGGCCCUGAUUUGUUUCCUCGUACUCGAAGCGCCAUCUUGUUGCAACUCCUCUACGUAUGUUGAAGAGUUUCUACGAGGGGGUAUCCUAUUACCCUUUUCUUCAGUGUACUAGACUGGGAUAUAAUCACGCUCAAACAGAAAGUACAUACAUUGAAAUACUAAAGUUUCUGUAGAAAAAAAGAUUUACAAUUGGAUAGAAAUGAGCAUCGAAACGCUUUUAGAAGCAGCCAAGUUUUUGGAAUUGCAAGCCCAGCAUCAACAGAAAGCACGUGAGGAGAAUGAGUUGAGGGAGAAACUGCGCCUCGAACAGCUGGCCAAUCACAGACGUGCUGAUGUCACCUAUACGUCGCCUAUUCGGAUGAACCAUGUGACCAGAGUGGAAGAGCCACACAAGGAGCAUCAUCCUGUCCCGGUUCCCCCACUGCCUCCACCCUUGAUGCCCAGAAACAUCAUCCCUGCGGUGAACUCCAACCAAACAGGCCUGCCCACUCCUCCUGUUAAAACUUUAUCUCCCCCAGCCGGCCCCCACCUUGCCUCCCCCAGGAGGGACCCCAAUUCCCCACAGGGACAAUGUGCCCCCCUGCCCCUCUCUCCUCAGUUGAAAACCGACUGUUUGCCGUCAGCACUUCAGUCUGUCAACCACAAGCAGCAUCUUCACCCACAACUGGUUUCUCCAUCGGGCAACCCAAAACUACAGCAGUCACCCCAUCUAGUGGCGUACCCAGGCUCCAUUGUUGCAGCCCCACAACAUGCCUUACUUCCCCAGCCUGGGCCUCCAGCUCCACAGGCUUCGAUGCAAACCAGCCCAAUCAGUCGGGGCAGCCCUCCCGACGAUGGCCGCCUCCUGGAAAAGAAACGUCCUGGAGGGGCAGGUACAAGAGAAGUACAUAACAAGCUUGAGAAAAACAGACGGGCUCACUUGAAGGAGUGCUUUGAGACACUGAAGAAGAACAUCCCCAAUGUGGACGAGAAGAAGACCUCCAACCUGAGUGUCCUGAGGAGUGCUCUGAGAUAUAUCCAGACUUUGAAGCGGAAAGAGAAGGAGUACGAGCAUGAAAUGGAAAGGCUAGCACGGGAGAAGAUCGCCACCCAACAGCAGCUCGCUGAGCUGAAGAACGAGCUGAGCCAAUGGAUGGACGUGAUGGAGAUCGACCGCGUUCUCAGACAGACCGUACAACCAGAGGACGACCAGGCUUCAACCUCGACUGCCUCAGAAGGUGAAGAAGAAAUCAUGGAGGACGACUUGGAAGAUGAGCUUAUGACAGAAGCUUCCACUGCCUUAUCCACAGUGCCUCAAGUCAUGCAUUCAGAGAUGUGCAAGACUGUCACUCCAAACCCCACUACCUCCUCCAUCAUCAACACACACAUUUCCAUCCAGCACAAGGCGACCAUACCCCAGCCUCAACUUCAGCCUCUGACCCUUCCCCAGUCACUCUCAGCCCACGCUACGCUGUCUGUCACAACUUCAGGUGUCCCUACCACCCCUAUCCAGGCCCUUCUGCCUGCUCAAACACACAUGGUCACCACACCCAGCCUCCAGCCCACCGUCAUAGCCCACGCCGCGGCCUCCCAUGCGUCUGUCAUCCAGGCAGUCAGUCACGUCAUCCAGGCAAGCGGUCACAAGCACUUUGCACACCUUGCCCCUUCGUCAAACUCCAUGCCGAUUAGUCACAUCACAGUACACCCGGUGACCCACCUUGGCCAGCACAUGCCCACUAUCUACCCCCAACCUGUGGCUGUCACGCAGCCUGCCAUGGUGAGCCACAUUGCCCACACCCUUACCCAUGCCCAGGUCAACGGCACAGCACCCAUCCAGCCUACUGCAGCCAUCUUGGGCAAGCAGACAACAGUUGGCACACAGGUCGUGACCCACCACCAACAGCUGGUUGGCCAGACUGUUCUGAACCCUGUGACUAUGGUGACCAUGCCCUCGUUCCCAGUCAGCACCCUGAAGCUAGCGUGAGCUGGUGGAGAAAUGGGCCAGAAAUGGCCUGAGAUGGAGACAGACCUCCAGUCAUGUUCAGUGGAGACGCACCAGACCACACUGAUGGAAAUGAGCUUUGAGCUAGGACCUGGGGCGGGCUGGCUGGCAGGUGGACAAAAAAAAAACAAGUCUUCGUACUUGUUCUACAUCAUAACCUAGUGGCAUUACAUCGUGUGACUCCGAACAUUCCAAAAAGAUACGGAAAGUGUAUUUGGUCUAUAUUUUUUUUAUCAUGUGAGGAGUUUAAAGAAAGUCUUUGUUCAGGUGUCAGGAUGUGUUGAACUUUGAUGUCCAGGGGUCAUCAUGUUCAUGCAAAUUUGAAUACAGGGCAGUGGGGAGAAUUUAAUUGAGGUUCGCUUAUUGGUCUCAACCCAUAUCCUGAAAAACAGAUAUACAGAAGCAAGAUUAAAUCACUUUAUCACUUUUUAAAUAAAAAAAAACGUAAUACAUUCACUCACUACGGUCAUUACGUCUAACAUGUAGGCCUUGCAUAUCUAUCUAAGGACAGUGUCUUUGGGCAUACCACUAUUGGCAUCUUUUGCCGCGUUACAGUGAUGGACUCAAGGGAGGGGGGACAAGCAGAGACGUGUGUCAGGAUCAGUAGGCGCUGACACUGCCAUGAAGGAGCACAGUGUGAAUGUGAUUUACAGUGACCUCCCCUUUUCCAGAAAGGCACAUGGCUGUAGAGAGGAAGGUAAAACAUGACCUGAACUUCUCUUUUUAUGGCCCUGCAGUGCCAUGUGCCAUUGCGGCGAACCACACAGAUGCCCUCUGCUGUUAGAAUUGCGUAUGUUCACCCAGCAGGGAUCAGAGCUACCAUGAUAGUCUUGCUUGAACUUAAUGAACAAUCUGAACAGAGGCUGUAUUUAAGUCUAAAUGAAAUGUAGGAGCCAAAAAAAAAUUUCAACCAGUUUUCUGAUAUGCGAGCAAAAAUGUGACUCAAAACCAGGAUUAAUUUGGCCAGAUAGUCAGAGAAAAUUAUUGUGUGUCUGUCUAAAAGUAGAUGUCUUGUUUUUCUGCAUGUUUAAUUAUUGAGUUGGUUUAUUGGUUGUCUUGUUGAAAGAUGUCCCAGUUAGGAGUUGAUUGUGUAGAGAUGUCGUGAAUGUUAUGGCUAAUAAUUGGGAUAUAUGGAUAUAGAGAACAAGUAAUCUUGGUUUACUAUGGUAUGCUUUGUAUACUACACGUUGGUGUGUGGCAGGUGACUGUCUAGGGUCAGACAACCACAUGUAGGGACGUACCUUUCUGUUACUGGAAAUGAUCUACCCAGAGGUUUUGUUCUAACUUGAUUCAGCUUAACCUGCUAAUGAUUCAAAUACGGUGCAUUAAAUCCAGUACUACAGGUUGUAAUACUCAUCCUACAAGCAGGACACAACCUCUGUGUUAGAUCCGACUUGUAACUUUUUAAGCACUGUGAUCUGUAACACAAUGGCCCCUAUUAAAAGCAUAGCUAGUUUACAACUCAACAGUAAAACAAGCAAGAAGAUGACCUUGACCUUGCCCAGAAUAUAUGUCAUGUAAGCAGAAGUGUGCAUCACAGGGGAGGACACAAUGGAGCUGUCAUUCUCAUGUUUCUGGUUUUAAGUAUUUGAUUUAUAUUAUUUGGUCUGAUCAAUGUGAUGUGUAUGGAAACAGUGUAUGUACAGAUGUUUGUAUUUUAAGAUUUGAAUGUUUACCGUUUUUGCAUGUAGCUUGGUAAUUUCUAUACCAUUACUUUUUUCUUUUGGGGGAGGGGGGGAGACUAUGUACAGUA